AUGAUGUCCCGAGAUCCUCGAUUCACGAGCGGAAAUUGCUUCGCCGGAGUGAAGAAGAGCCCCUGGAUCUGGCUUUUCGUCGGCCCCGUAACCCUCGCCUUAGUGGGCAACGUUUUCUUCUUGAUAAACAUCAUCCGCAUCCUGGUGCAGCGAUACCGUCGCCAGAACAUGCGCGAAGUCGCGACACUCAGAAGGGCAGUGAAAGCAACCAUUUUGCUCCUGCCGCUCCUGGGUGUCACGAACGUGCUUUUCUUCUUCAAUCCUGAGGACGACGGCCCCUACGAAAUGGCGUACCUUGUUGCCAAUUCAGCUUUGCAAGGCACUUUUGGGGUGUUCGUGACCAUCUUCUACUGCUUCGCCGACCACCAAGUGCGGAAGGUGCUGCAUUCCAAAUGCGUUCGUGCCGGAGGCGCAGGUUGCCCGAAGCGUCAAUUCUGGAAAGUGGUGUACCACGUACUGCAACUCAAGUCGGAAAUCGGGCGCGGCGGCGACUCGAAUCGGUCUCGGUUGGGCGCCGAGAGCGUGCGCCACGACUUCCGGCGCCACGGCACCAACACGUCGCUCAACAAUGCCGCCGGCGUUCGUCAAGGUAGCCAAUAUUACGCGUGCCACAACGGCUCUGUGACACUCAACUUCCGACGCGACGACGAGAUGACGUGCGUGACCCCGGUUCGAACGACGCACAACUUCCCGCCCGCCAGCCCCAACAACGCCAGCUCGAUUUUCAGGGAGAAUCAAGCGGAACUGCUCAGAUGCAAUGGACGCUAUGCGAAUCAACAAAAUGACCAGCCCGUGGUUUCCUUCGCCAUCGGGGACGUGGAAAUUGGCACCAAAUCCGCGCCUCAAACCCCUAGACUCAGUCGCAAAAACACCGUCAGCAAAACCCGGUAUUCGCCGACGAACGUGAUUCGCAGCGAAACCCUGCUCGCCAACUGCACCGCUGUCGACUCCAGCAGUCGACGUCAGCAGUCGCAAAAUCAACGUCAAUCAGACCCUAACCAAAAGCCAAAAAUGGGCUUUCUGGAAACUGCACGCGGGUGGUUUACUGGCAACUCUAGCAAAAAAUCCUCACAGCGAGCCAGUGAUGUCCCCGUGAGUGACACUCGCCCACAGGAAGUGAAGGCAUCGGAAACAGGGGAUAUUGUACGCAAUCAGGAGGAGAGCUCGCAGAAACCGUCGGGUUCUCGGGAAAAUUUGCGCUCGGAUCAUCCCAAGAUUUGCGUUGUGCCGGAAGAGUCUUCCGAUUUCGAUCGCUCCGAAGAGCGCGUGAAUUCGGUCAUGAUGCUCAACCGCACGGCCUCGACUACUCCUUCUCCAGAGGAGUCAGCUAAAAGGUCUACCGAUCAUAUGGAACACCACGAAUCUGUUACGAAACCGGAAAAAGAAUCCGAGACCUAUGUGUGAUUCCAAUACGAAAAAAUUCCCUCUACAGCAGCGUAACAUUGAGGCCGAUCGCGAUUUUCCUGUACGUGCCCAAAAAACGCGUUACAUAUGAUCUCAAGAAAAAAAUUAGAAGAGCUAUUUGUGCUUGGUGGAAAUUUUUCAUGACGAAUAUGGUGUGGUUUUUCAAGACUUUCAAGAGAUUUGUGUUUGAGCUCAUUUGCAGUGGAACCUUCGUUGAUCGGGUUGAUGUUCAGAUGGUUUUUUUGCGGAGCUGAAACUUAAUCACGGAUGAUCGAAAAACUUUGAAAAAUAUUCUCAUUUCACGAUACCCGAUAUAAUAUUAACAAAGUGCCUUAAAAUUCUGGAAACCCACACAUUUUCCAGACCCUCCUUUGUGGAAUAGGCCUAUACUUCUUUUGACAACAUUGUUGUUCUUCAAAAAAGUUUAUAACAACAAAAUUCCGCAAUUCCACGCCCCUUCUACAAGAACAAGCUAUUUUCAGUUUUCUAAAGAUCUAUAACCCGUCGAAGAAGACAUAUUUUGCACUAAAAAUAUUUUAUAAAAAAAAACAGUAUUUGGGAUACCACUAUACUCAUGAUUACAGAAUGAGCUUUUAUGAUUUUUUGGCAACUAUAUGUUGACCCCGAAUUUGACCUUCAGAAUACAGUAAUGAUUUGUAGGUUAACAUAGGGUAACAUUCGCCAUGCAGCAAGAGAUUCCACAGCAGAUUCCAGUCGAUAACCUCAUGCUUAUCGAAGAAAAUCUCCGGAAAAAUCAUAUUCUCAUCGUAACGAACUUCAGUGCUUUUUGGCUCAUUAAUAGGGCCACAUCUCUGUACAAAGAUUAAAUUAAUUGUUCCCCACUUUCCCUCACCUGUAACUGCAGAAAAUACUGUUUACAUCCGAUCAUGACCCCGAAAAAUGAGGUUCCACGCUAAAAAAAAAAAAAAGAUCAAAUUUAAGUGGGUUGAUCACGUUUUGCAUGAAAGUCCCUAAUUUUGACACGCAUCAAUGGAAAAGAGCGUCUGGAAUUCUCGCCUGUCGCUCGCUUGGAAAAUUUGGCUGUUUCAACCGGUUUGUGAACGUGAUGAACAGUUUGCCAAGCAUAUUUUCCCGGAAAAUACAAACAAACAAAAGAUCAAAACGUUCGUAACUGGUUAAAAACUCUCUUCGACAGACGAUUCAGCGGGAUACCAUGAUGAGCUCCAUGUUCAUGUCUCGCCAUCGAUGGAUUUGUGUGUAGGUGUAUGAGUGUAUUUUUUAUGUUGAAGAUGUAUACGUCUCUCAGUUGGUUUCUUUAAAGUUUAUCCUUGAAAUGAAGUUGUUUUUGAACUUGCAUAA